CAGCUCCCCACCCACCCUCUCGGCUCAAAAGAGGCCCAGGCCAGCUGGGGCACCACCUGGAACAGGCAUAAAGCUGCCCAGCCUGGCAAAGGACAAUCGUCCGGUCAACCUGCAGACAGCACACCAGGGCCCUCACUCCACACCCAACUGCGAGAGAAGACCCAGCAUCACCCCCUGAGACAAUGACUAUGUUCGAAAAUGUCACCCGGGCCCUGGCCAGACAGCUGAACCCACGAGGGGACCUGACAGCCCUGGACAGCCUCAUCGACUUCCAGCGCUUCCACCCAUUCUGCCUGGUGCUGAGGAAGAGGAAGAGCACCCUGUUCUGGGGUGCACGCUACGUGCACACUGACUACACCCUCCUGGAUGUGCUUGAGCCAGGCAGCUCACCCUCAGAGCCCACGGACGCAGGUAGCUUCAGCUUUAAGAACAUGCUGGAUGCACGAGUGGAGGGAGAGGUGGACGUGCCCAGGACGGUGAAGGUCAAAGGCACAGCUGGGCUGUCUCGGAACAGCACGCUGGAGGUCCAGACCCUCAGUGUGGCCCCCAAGGCCCUGGAGUCCGUGCACAAGGAGAGGAAGCUGGCCGCUGACCACCCAUUCAUCAAGGAGAUGCGCGAGCGUGGCGAGAACCUGUACGUGGUGAUGGAGGUGGUGGAGACAGUGCAGGAGGUCACCCUGGAGAGAGCCGGCAAGGCCGAGGGCUGCUUCUCCCUCCCGUUCUUCGCCCCGCUGGGGCUGCAGGGCUCUGUCAACCACAAGGAGGCAGUCACCCUCCCCAAGGGCUGCGUCCUGGCCUUUCGAGUGAGGCAGCUGAUCGUCAAUGGCACAGAUGAGUGGGACAUUCCACACAUCUGCAGUGAAGGCACCCAGACCUUCCCCCCUGGAGAAAAGCCGGGAGAGGAGAAGUUCACACUUAUCCAGGCAUCUGAUAUUGGGGAGGUGCACGAGGACUUCAAGACCCUGAAAGAAGAGGUCCGGAGAGAGACCCAGGAGGUGGACAAACUGAGCCGGGCGGGCCAGGGCUCCCUGCUUAGCUCCCUCAGCAACCUUCUGGGCAAGAAGAAGGAGCUGCAGGACCUCGAGCUCACGCUUGAAGGGGCCCUAGACAAGGGCCAUGAAGUGACCCUGGAGGCCCUCCCAAAAGAUGUCCUGCUGUCCAAGGAGUCCAUGGGUGCCAUCCUCUAUUUUCUUGGAGCCCUAACAGUGCUAAGCGAGGCCCAACAGAAGCUUCUGGUAAAAUCCGUGGAGAAAAAGCUCCUCCCAGUGCAGCUGAAGCUGGUGGAAAGCACGCUGGAGCAGAAUUUCCUGCAGGACAAAGAGGGUGUUUUCCCCCUGCGCCCCGAUCUGCUCUCCUCCCUUGGGGAAGAAGAACUGACCCUCACGGAAGCCCUCGUGGGGCUCAGCGGCCUGGAGGUGCAGAGAAGUGGCCCCCAGUACACGUGGGACCCAGACACCCUGCCCCGACUCUGCGCCCUUUAUGCUAGCCUCUCCCUCCUUCAGCUCCUGGCCCGGUCCCCCUAGUGUCCCUUUUCUGGCUGUUUCUGGCUUCCAAAGCAAGGACCUCAACAUCCCAGUGUGUUUCACAGCCACCAAGAAGGCCCCCCAAAUCCUAGCUGGUCACCCCCAACAACCAACUUCCACUCCCCAGCCUCCGGGCUGCCUGUGAGUCCCAGCCCAGGCUGGUGUUAAAUCCCGAAGAGGUGCUCAGCCUUUAUGACUAGGGAGCUUAUUCAGCAAAACUGAAGGAAAAGGAGACACAUUUAUUUCCAACCCUAAUCCUCCCCACUUGCACUUCUA